UGUGGGUCACAUGACCUGUUGUUUCCACAUCGAGCAGCGGCGAGGAGGUAGCUGAACACAGGGGUCCUAUUAACCUACAACAUCUCAACACAAGUCUCCUAUUUACCACAAAAUCUGGUGGAUAUCAUGACGUUAUUGAACGGAGAGGAAACAUGAUAGCCAUUUGUAAUCCAAGCUGUUAACCGUGUCAUCCCGCUUAUAAUUGUAUCGAAAACAAAGCGACUUAUUGGAUGUUCUUCAAGAAGCCUCCUCGUACUAAGUUUCCGUCAAAACGUUGUCUUCCCCUCAGAUGAAUGCCCUGGUGGCUCUCUGUCACUUCUGUGAACUCCACGGACCUCGCACGCUGUUUUGCACCGAGGCUCUGCACCCUCCUUCGCCGUCUCCCUCCCAGGCAGGUGCAGCCGUACCUGGCGACAGGGACCGCGAUGGAGACCGCGAGGGAGAAGGACUUACGAUGAGGGCUAACAGCUCAGCGUCACAGAGAGGAGAGAUGUGCGAGGGCUGCCGGUCUCUGCCAGCGUCUCACCCGGGCUUUGUGAGCAUCGACGACGAGACAGGCAUCCGCUUCCUGAGUCACCAGCACCCCCGACAGUCCCAGCUGUUCAGCGUGGUGCGGCAAGCCUGCGUCCGCAGCCUCAGCUGUGAGGUGUGUCCGGGCCGCGAGGGCCCAAUCUUCUUCGGGGAUGAGCAGCAUGGGUUUGUGUUCUCGCACACGUUCUUCAUCAAGGACAGCCUGGCCAGGGGCUUCCAGCGCUGGUACAGCAUCGUGAUGGUGGCCAUGGACCGCAUCUACCUCAUCAACUCCUGGCCCUUCCUGCUGCGCCACCUCAGGCUGACCAUACAGAGUCUGCAGAGCACGGCGCUCAAGGUGUUUGAUAAUGAGCAGGGAGUGUGUCCUCAGCGGGCGGUCAGGAUGAACAGUGUGUUCUCCCCUGCAGUCUACCCCCACCAGAGGAGUGGCAGUGCGGCCCGCUCCCUCACCUCCCUCACCCAGCACCCCAACCUCUGGGCCAGCCUGCACUCCUCCUUCAGUUGGCUUCUGAAGGCCUGUGGGAGCCGGCUGACGGAGAAAUUGCUGGAGGGGGCCCCCACAGAGGACACAUUGGUCCUCAAAGAGAGGCAGACUGAACAAGAGGAGGAAAUCAGCUGCUGGGAGGGGGGUGAGGGGGUCUCUUCCAGGCUACAGCUAAACCAACUGGAGCGUGAGCUGGGUGACUUCCCGUGUGAUAAGGGACAAGGCGUGGAGUUUCCAGGUCCACAUUUCCGAUCCCUGAGGCAUUUGAGACUGGUGCUGGGUGCACCGGAGUUCCGUCAGCUGGUGUGGCACGUCCUCAUGGGGAACCAGGUCAUAUGGAGAGGAGCCGACCCCGGGCUCAUCCAGUCGGCCUUCACGGUGCUGAAGGCCCUGCUUCCAGUGGGCUGCGUGCGCUUGAUACCAUACAGUGCUCAGUACGAGGAGGCCUACAGAUGCAACUUCCUGGGCCUCAGCCCAGAUGUGACCAUCCCUGCCCAUGUGAGCUCUUCAGAGUUUUCAGUGUUGGUAGACGUUGCCAACACAGUGAAAAGCUGCCAGUACUCCGCUGUCAGUGAAGAUGACAUCGCCUCCAUGUACCAGUUCAUCAACAGCAGCGCCAACGUACAGCCCACGGACAAAGGUCCCACGUUACUGAAUAAGCUGGAGGUGGCCCUUUCCAACGAGAACCUGUCCGUAGAGGUGGUGUCUCACUGCCUGCUGUGUCUGAAGGAGGAGUGGAUGAAUAAGGUCAAAGUGCUCUUUAAGUUCUCCAAGGUGGACGGGCGGGGCAGGGAGGACACCCAGAAGGUGCUGGCCGUGCUGGGGGCUACUGGGCCCGGGGAGGACGACAACGUCAGGCUGCUCAAGUUCUGGAUGACUGGCCUCAGCAAGACCUACAAGAGCCACUUGAUGACAGCUGUGAGGGGGGUGGAGCGGAGCCCCAGCCAAUGACGGUCAGGAAGAGUUGGUUGCGGUUAGUGGGAAUAAUAUAUCGGGACAGCUAUUGGCAAAAAAGAGGAACUUGACUUAACUUGAUGGGAAAAGUAGUUCCUUAGAAGGAUGGAAAGGGAAGAUGAAAUGAGGAAAUAGGACACAUUGAGUGCAAUAUGAAUGAAGACAUAUUUUUAACUAAUCGAUUAUGUUAAUUUGUAAAGACUGGGUUGUCUACUAUAUGUGCUUCUCUUGUUUGUUUUUUGUUUUUUUCAUUCUGUCCGGAGAGAUGUGUUCAGGGAUGUGUUCGGGAUUUUUAAUGUCAGCAAAUUCUAUCUUUAUGCAUUUUUACAUGUGCGUUUAUGUAAAAUAUAUAUAUAUAUAUGACAUGUAUAUGUAUAUAUAUAUAGCAUAUUUCAUUUGUUAUUAGAAAUGGGGGUUGGUAUUUGAAAUCCAUUGAAAGACAUUUCUUAAAAAUAAAACUAUUUUUAGGGUCCAUCUAGUGACGUCUUGUGCUCCAUCUUGUGGUGAACUCUCACAGAAGGACACUCAAAGUAGUGAACGAGAGACAGUUACCAAAUUGCCACCCACUCAAAUAUUUUACAACGAAUUGGGCCAAGAAAACCUCUAGUGGUGUAAGAGAACACUUGUAGAUUGUCUGGCAUCCAAAUGAUUGCACAACAAGACCUUAGCCCAAAGUGUUGCAGUGCGUGAGCCGGGCCGGACUCAUAGUGGUCCACUAACCAGCCGCAUACUGCUUUUGUCUGCAUCCUUUAGUUCUGCUGAAGUUUGCAGAGGGAAGACAAUAAAAUGUAAACACAUAUGGUUGGGAUUAUAUUCGGAACCUAAACCUUUUUUUAUUACGACCAUAGCUGACUAUGAAUGAAUAGAAUUGUAAUUGCAUUUAUGAUGUCAUUAUAGUUAAGUACUGCCUCUAUUUUACUAAACUGUGGACACAUACAAUAUUAUAUAUGUUUUUGCUUACAUUGCUCUUUACAAAUUAAACAUAUAUUUAUAUAUAUAUUAAUAAAAUAUUUUUUCUCUUUUUCCUUUUUGCUAACUAAAAAAUACGGUGGGCUGCGGUAGCAUACAAAAACACAAUACUUUAUCAUCCAGUAAUGAGGAACAUGUUUCCUAUGACAAUAUUACAAGCCCUUAUACAAACACUAGGUGUGGGUAGACUUUUGAUUUAAUAAGCGGGCUUGUUUUCAUAGGACUGGCCCUGCAGGUUUAACUAAGGCCGGCCUUCUUCCUCACUUAUCGGUUUCCACUUCAUCUGUAUCGCUCUGUGAUAACUGAGAGCACCCAGGGUUCACUGUGUUCAUCUAGGGGCACAUCCCAACUGACCCUCUGAAGCAACUUCAUGGUUAAAAUGUUACAUAUGAAACAAAGGCGGAUGAUUGACGUUGUGUUAAAAGACAUGACAUGUAGGUGAAGAGGUUGUCCACGGUUCAUGCCUCUUGGAAAACGAGAAGGAUGUCUGUUUAAUGAGGUUGUUGCUCUCUAGCUGGCUUUCUCUCAAACGGUCCCUUUGGAAACAGCUCUUUGGCCUCGCUUCAAGAAAAGAAGCACAUUGCAGAGCAACAACUGUUCUUGCAAACAAAGCAUUUGGUUUUUCCUUACCCAAUAGUUGCUAACCCAGUUUGUUGCAUACACCAUUUAACAUGGCCAUGCAAAGCGGGGCAAGCCAUGACAAGGAAGCACGCUAUUUGUGUUAGAUUAGUGCUGUCACCAAAUCCCUGCUCCCUCAGGUCUCUGCAUCUAUCCAGAACUCCACAAACAGAUUCCCGCACUGCUCGUUCACAUGCAGAAUUUGUUGUUGGUGUUGCUGGCAUUCACCUGAAGACAGGGAUCAUGGUGAGUCCCUGCGAGUGAUGCC